AUUAAAAAAAAAUUUUAAAAAAAUUACCUUUUGGGGCUUAAGUGAAAACUGAAACUCAGUUCAGAAAAGUGUAAUGACUUUUGGUUGAUGGUAGGGUCUGAUGUGUCAUUUCGCAGAGGAGGCAGUUAUCUUCAACAGAGCUUCAGGGGGUGGGGACCCUCUGGGGUGUGGCUAGGGAGCAUUCUUAUCUCCCCGGCCAGCCUAAGCUCCCUGGCGCCCGUCCUGCACCCAAGCGUGGGCUUUGUGCCAUGGAGUCUGUCUUUCUGCUCCCGUUGCUCUUGCUGGUGGCCCUCUACCCGAGGGGUGGGAGCCCCGAACAUAAGUGGACGCAAAGUUCUCCCGUGCCUUCCGUGACCUCAGCAACUUUCUGGGUGCGUCUCAGUCCGGAGCUGCAUGCGGUGCCUCCCGGGGGCUCGGUGUGGCUUAACUGCAGCCACAGCUGCCCCCUGCCGGCGCGUCCCAGCCUGCACACUCAGCUGCGCCAGGGAACGACACACAAUGGAUCCGGCUGGGUGUCUUACCAGCUCCUGGAUGUGAGGGCCUGGAGUUCCAAGGUGCGCUGCGUCGUCACCUGCGCGGGAGAGACGCGGGAGGCCACCGCCAGAAUCACCGCUUACAGACCGCCCAGAAGCGUGAUCCUGGAGCCUCCCGUCCUAGUUGGUCACAAGUACACUUUACGCUGCUAUGUGACACACGUGUUCCCCGUGGGGUUCUUGGUGGUGAGCCUGAGGAGAGGUGGCCGGGUGAUUCAUUUUGAAAGUCUGGAGCGCUACACCAGCUCCUAUCUGGCUAAUGUCACUUUGACCCACGUGAUGCGGGCCGGACCCAACGACCUCUUGCAACCGCUCACCUGCCAUGCACGCCUCAAUCUCGACGGGCUAGUGGUGAGCAGCAGCUCGGCACCUGUUAUGCUGACGGUCCUGGCUUUGAGCCCAGCCGCGAUAGCCUUGGCUUCUACCUCCAUCGCAGCCGUGGUGGGGGUCCUCCUGGCUGUGGGGACUGUUUCCUUGCGCAAGUAUCUGGCCCUGAAGACACAGUUAUAGACAGAUGUUCGAUGCCUGACGAGAAGGAGGGGAAAAGA